AUCGUUGCACACAGUAGUCUGGUCUCUGCCAAAUUUCUUUAAACCCUGAUCAACUCUCUCUCUCUCUCUCUCUCUCUCUCUGGUCACUAUAUUUGGCUAUUUGGGAAGUGAGAAAAUCCCCAUUCGGAUUCACCGGGACACUAUUCCGGUAUUCACUCCAUGGACUCCGAACCCGACUUGCAGAAAACCCCAACAGCCAGGCACAAAUGUCCUGCCUGUUACAAGCAAUAUAAAAAGAAAGAACAUCUCAUUGAGCACAUGAAGGUUGCUUUCCACUCAGCUCAUGAUCCUAGUUGUGGAGUGUGUAGAAAGCACUGCAAAUCUUUUGAGUCAUUGAGGGAACAUCUUACUGGUCCAUUGGCAAAAGCAAAUUGCAUGAAAAUUUUCUCCAAACAAGGGUGUGAUUUAUGUUUGAAGCUCUUUGAUAGCCCUGCUUCUCUUAGCCAGCAUAGAGAAAUGUGUCUCCUAUCUGCACCUGCUCCUAUUGGAACAGUGAUAAUUGCUUGUGCAGAAUCUCAAUCUUAUUUGAACUUGUGUGGUGAAAACCACUUCGAUAACCGUCCGGAAGCAAUUGCUGUGGAUUGUGAAAUGGUUGGCGGUGGAAGUGAUGGAUCACUGGACCUGUGUGCAAGGGUGUGCCUGACAGAUGAAGACGAGAAUAUCCUAUUCCACACCUAUGUGCGGCCUCAAAUUUCUAUCACGAAUUACAGAUAUGAAAUUACUGGGUUAACAGAAGAUCAUCUUAGAAAUGCCAUGCCACUCAAAGAAGUGCACGACAAAAUCUUGAAAGUUUUGUACAAUGGAGAGUCUAUUGGGAGAUCAAGUUUGGAUGGGGAAAAGGCCAAGCUUCUUGUGGGGCAUGAUUUGGAGCAUGAUUUGGAUUGCAUGGGAAUGUAUUAUCCUGAGCACCUGCUGAGGGAUACAGCAAAGUACCAUCCACUGAUGAAAACAAAUCUAGUCAGUCACUCACUUAAGUAUCUCACCAGAACAUAUCUGGGGUAUGAUAUCCAGUCUGGUAUGCAUGAUCCUUUUGAAGAUUGUGUGGCUGUAAUGAGACUGUACAAGAGAUUUCGAGCCCUAGAUCAUCAGACAGAAGGCAUUGUUGCAUCACUUGCUACGAAGUAUUCAAACGACAUCCAUGGGAAUUUUGAUUCUUGGACAACUGAAAAACUUGAGAAGAUGACACCUGAUGAGCUUUAUGAAUUGUCAAAACCAAACUACAAGUGCUGGUGUCUGGAUAGAAGGCAAGCACUGCAACCUUAGGAUUAUGAGUAUUCUCUAGAAAAUACUUCUCUUUCAAUUAUAAUUAUGCAGCUAUUAGAGACUUUGAGCAAGAGUAUUAGAUGCAGGGGAGGGCGUCAUUAUGGGUAUGAUUGUUGUGUUUCGUAUAUUAUGUUGUACAUGUUCUGUUUGUAGUCAUCAUCUGAAGUGAAAGAGAGCAAAUUUGCAAAGCCCAUCCCUUGAUAAUGUUUAUGAAUUCCAGUGUAAGGUAACAUUUUCAGUUCUGGCAUGUUA